AUGUCGAUUGAGCAACGAUUUAAUGCGGCUGUUAAUGUGAUCAGGGGACUGCCAAAGAAUGGACCAUAUCAACCGAGCAAUGAUAUGUUACUACGAUUUUAUUCAUACUUCAAGCAGGCCACAAAAGGAAAAUGUUGCGAACGUAAACCAGCUUUCUGGGAUGUUAUUAAUCGUGCCAAAUGGGACGCUUGGAAUCGGUUAGGUGACAUGGAGAAGGAAGUGGCUAUGCAGAAAUAUGUUGACGAAUUGAAAAAGAUUGUUGAAACAAUGUCCUAUACUGACAAUGUGGCCAACUUUAUGGAGUACAGCAUGAGCGAUUUGGACAACGUGAGUAUUCAGGAUUUAGAAAUGGUUGCUCCGGAAGCAAUUAAAAAGGUUCGCUCGCGCCCCAACUCACCAUUUGCAUCGCGAGAAGCCAGUCCGAAUCGACUGUCGCCAGUCACACCUUCGCCUCCACCAAUGAUGUCCUCGCAAACUGUACCGAUGGUAAAUGGACAUGUGCAUAAGCCAAUGGCGAUCAAUGGGUACACCCAUAACAGUAACGGUUAUCACACUGGUCAGAAUCAAUAUCAUCAGACGAAUGGUGUUGUUUCGUCGACGCUCAGUAACGGUGCUAGCUCUGGGCCGUCGGAGUUAAGCGACGACGAGUACAUCGACACGUACGAUGAUGACUUCGAAAGCGAAACAACUACCGUGUUCCGUCCAAUUGAGGCCGUAAACCACGUCCAUUACUAUCAGAAUGGCGUGUCCAAUACGGCGGGCAACGGACUGCCCUUGGUUAACGGUGGAGGACCGUACCUCCACGGCUCGGAAGGAGCUGGAUUUAUGCGAAAUGAUGUGGCGGCUCAGAUUACACGAACGAUCGAACGGCUAAAUAUCAGCGUACAGCAAGUUAAUAACCGUGUGAGCGUAAUCGAACAAUCCGUGGCUGAACUGCGAAAACAGCAACAGCAACAAGUCGCAAAAAUGCGUGCUUCCUCCGUGCGGUCGUCACGACCCACCUGGUGGCCCUUUGCAGAAAUUUCGCCCGGACUGUUGGCAUUCGUGAUCCUUUGGCCGCUGGUGAUUAAUCGAAUAACUGGCAGCUGGGUACAGCGGAAGAAUCACUGA